UUACGCAACGAAUCCAUAAAUGAUAGUUUGGUUGCAGAAGCAGCGCACUGUUCUUCGCCAUCGUGUAGCAACAAAACCGAGGAAGCGGCAGCCAGCGAAGCGAGUACGCCGCCGUCCAAUCGCCACACCCGACAUUCAAUGUCUUCGACAAAGAAAAAGGAUAACAAGCACAGCAAGGACCGCGAAACAUCGUCCAAAAAACGUCGGAAAUCACCAUCACCAGCAGCACAGCACAGUCGGUAAGUUCUUUCAAAACGACGUUUCACUGGGUUGCAGCGGCAGCGCAAUUUUUAUGCAUUUUUUGCAUCUGUGCAAUGCAGAAAACGUAUAUUGA